GUGGCGCCAUUGCGCCUAAGAGCUAAUAAACCCCGUUGAAGAAGAAGAGGAGACCACAUCAGGAAGCUGAGGUGGUUUAAUCAUACCACAACAAAUGUCUCCAGCGAAAUGUAUCAGCAUGUUGUGACUUAAAGACUCGCUCCAUCAUCCCUUCGGUCCAGAUCUGUCUGUGGAAAUGAAGCAGGAGUACCAGGACCUCAUCCUGCAGACAUGCGGUGCUUCCUCUCUGCGUGUUGGCGCUAAGAUCCAGACUCUUUGGAGCGGUUACGGGGAAAUAGUGCGGCUGCACCUUGAGGGCUGCGGGCGGCCCUCUGUGGUGGUCAAACAUGUCAAGUUUCCGGAAGAGGCAGAGCACCCCGGCGGCUGGAACACGGACCGCUCACACGUCCGUAAAGUGAGGUCCUACCAGGUGGAGACCCACUGGUACCAGAACUAUUCCACUAAUCAGAGCUGUCGCAUCCCUGCCUGCCUUGCCACCCGUUCCUAUGGCGACGAGAUGCUGAUAGUGCUGGAAGAUCUGGAUGUGGCGGGCUAUGACCUGAGAAGGACCUGCAUUAAGGACAAAGAAAUAAGAACAUGUCUGAGCUGGCUCGCCCACUUCCAUGCUCUCUUCUUGGGCGUGGCCCCAGAGGGUCUGUGGCCUGUUGGCACCUACUGGCACCUGGAGACCCGGCCGGAUGAGCUGGAAGCCAUGGACGAUGCCGAGCUCAAAGCAGCAGCGGGUGACAUCGACAGGCUCCUCAAUGAGUGUCACUUUAAAACCAUCGUUCACGGAGACGCCAAGCUGGCUAACUUCUGCUUCUCCAAGAGCAAACUCGAAGUGGCUGCCGUAGACUUUCAAUAUGUCGGCGGCGGCUGUGGGAUGAAAGAUGUUGUUUAUUUCCUCGGCAGCUGCAUGGAUGAGAGGGAAUGUGAAAAACGGGUACCGGGAUUGUUGGACCACUAUUUCACAGAACUGAAGGUGUUUGUUAAAAAAGAUGUGAACUUUAAUGCUCUUGAGAAAGAGUGGAGAGAGAUGUUUGCCUUCGCAUGGACGGACUUCCAUCGUUUUCUGCUGGGAUGGAUGCCGGGACACUGGAAAAUCAACCGAUACAGUGAGAAGCUGACCAAGGAGGUUCUUCACAAACUGAAGCAGUAAUCAGAACUACAGUUCUUAGGUUCCAUAAUGUAAACUGAAUGAGGAUUCUUAUUGAAAGUGCCACCCAAACAAGCACCUUCAAGCACGUUCCUUCACUGUGUACUGUCUAACAUGUUGCUCAGUCAGCUGCGGAUAAUAAAUACUUAAAAAAUG